AUGUCGAACACUCAAAGCCCAUAUGUUACUCUCGGCGUCGCUCGUGGCGCAGACGAGAAGACCAUCCGUUCGGCCUACCAUCGGCUUGCACGGGAACACCACCCAGACAAGAUUCAGGAUUCCGCCCUCAGCGCCGCAGGAGAGGAGAAGUUCAAGACCAUUCAGCAUGCCUAUGAGCUUCUCACCGGCAAGGCAAAGCAUGCCGAGGUUGAUAACCAAGCAGAGCCACAACCGGCGAGGCCUCCCCCUAGACGACGAACUCCGUCACCCUCUCCAUACGAUGGAAUUUUCAGAGCCCCAAGCGACUCUGGUUCUUGCACUGACGAUGAGGAUGCUUACAGAUUCCGCAAGAUGGGCCGCGCUGAGGCCGCUGCCCACUCUACUGCACGGAAAGCAAAUCAUGCCUUCAAGUGGGCCCAGGAGCAGUGGUCAGAAGCGGAAGCGAUGCUCGUGCACGCGAAGAAUGCAGAGCCAAAGCCCAUGAUACUCUAUUCCAACAUCGAACCAACCCGUGGGCCAGAGUCCUGCCGCGAGGCUAUCGCUAAAGGGCGCGUUCCAGAGUCCGUGUUGAGCAUGCAUACGAUCAAGUGGCAGAAUUCUGAGAGUAACUUGCGAAGCGCUAUUCAGCACUUCGACGAAGCUUCCGCGUCCUACAAGCGCGCCGAAAGAGUGUUCAAACGAGCUGCUCGGCUGUUUGACAACCUCGACCUCGACGAACACUACCGCGAGAACAGGAAUAUGGCGGAAGAAGCGCGACGCUUGGCGGCCGAGGCUACUGUCAAGGCCGAUGAGAGCGAGAAGAAGUUCGAGGAGACUGCGGCUGUGGCUUCGGCGUGGAGCCAUGCGGGCUCGGGGUUCUAG